AUGAAGUUAACCGUGUGUCUGGUGAUGGGUUUGGCCCUGGUGCGGGCUGAUUCGGGUGUGAUUGGUCCGCAGGACGCUCGGAAGGUCCGUAAUCCGGCCAGUGGCCCUACGAACUACAACACAAUCUCACCGGCGGACAGUGAAACGUUGAGCAAGCUGCAGAAUCAGGUGGCACCGACCGUACAAAUUCCGAUCAAACCGUCCACCUCGGCGAAGGCACCGGAAACGGCGUCGCCCUUCCAGACGGUUGCUCCACCGAGUGCAGUGCCUUCGCCCUACCUCAGACAGCCUCCUCCAGCACCGAUCGCUUCAGUUGCACCGCAGGGUCAGUACUACCUGGCGAUGGUUCCCCAGCCUACCGGAAAUCAUAUGCUGCAGCCUGCCACCACUCCGUUGAUCAUGCAGUACAUAAACCCCCAGGGACAGCCCACCGGUGGGCUGCAGUACAUUCAGCUGCUUCGCCCUAUGGUCUAUCCGUAUUCAAACCAGCAAUACCAGCAGUACCAGCAGUACCCGGGUUAUUUGCAACAUCCGGCUCCAUCGAUUGGAAACUCACCGCAAGGUCCGGUGUCUUCGUCUCCGUACAACGUAUCGCCAACGCCUCCACCGACCACGACCACGACGCAGCCUGGAUUCGUUCCGUUUCAGCCGGCCACCCAGUAUGCUCCGGUGAGCCACGUGCAGCCACAGCAUCCUUCGUACAGCAGCGGACCAGUGGGCCAGUACUCCAGCCCCGUUCUAUCAUACUACCCCCAUCGGUUUCUUAUCAACCCGUCGGAGCUAAACUUCAACACCAACGAGUACGUGCCAUCGCCCGGUGAUAGUGUGUACAUCAAGGGUGUGAAGAGCAUCCGGGCGUAA